CACGCACACAGUUUCUUUAGGAGGGUUUACAAUGGCGGACUCUAAGAGAAUCACUCAGAAAAGGAAGCGCUCUUCUCAUUCACUUAGACAUUCCCUAAGGGGAAUCAUAACUCGUAGCAAGUCCCAGGUCCAUGUUCACCGCAAUCGGUCGGGAAAAUCUCGACCCCCGUCCAUCGGCGGCGGAAAAAACCAAGUUCUCCAAUCCCUUUUCAAAAAACCCAGAAAAAGCUCGCCGCUUGAAGAUUCGAUUGGGUGCGAUUUAUCUUCCGUUUCCAUCAAAGAUCUCCGGUUAAGACGGGUCUUUUCCCCUUCUUCCACUGGUGGGCUAAUUCCUAUCUGUUUGGGUGAUGCUGAGAAUCUGGGAAAAAGUGAGCUUGCUAGGAAUUGUUUGGAUGAUGCUUUGAAUCUGGGAAAACAUGAGCUUGCUGGGGAUUGUUUGGAUGAUGCUGAGAAUCUGGGAAAAAGCGAGCUUGCUGGGAAUCGUUUGGAUGGAAUGAAAGAAGAUUGUGGAAAUGGGGAUUUUAAAAAGUCGGAGAUGUCGAAUGAGCAACUUGUUCGGUCAACUCCACCCGAUGCUGAGAUCGUUGGAGUUGAGCAAGUGAUUGAGAGAAAUGAAGGUGAAAAGAUCAAUAAAGAAAAGGGCUCUCCUGAAGAGAUAAAUGGAACGAACUGCUCAACGAAAUCGGUCCUUAGACCAUGUUCUCGAGUGAAGCUUUUCAAAGCGCCAGUCUCAUUCAGCUUAAGAAGAUUGCUUCCUUAUUUGAUGGAUAUAAAAAAAGAGUGUCCUGGCUCCCCGAUAAUGGUCCGUUGUCCUAAAACCGAAAAGGGUUUCGAAGAGAAGCAAUUCUUGGCUUCAAAUGUUGAAGAAGCAUUGGGAGAUAAAUCUAUGGCGACUGUCUCCUUCACUUCACAUGGAAAUGGCUCUUUAAAUAUUGAGGAUUCUCAUUUCAACAAGGAAAAUUCAGCUGGUGUGUUUUCUAAAGAUAAAAUGUUGGCAGAUAAUGGUGAGGUUGCAAAAACUAAUGCUGAAUCUAGCGAUUAUAAUGAAGUUACUAAAAAUUCCAACGAGGAAAUAAAGCAGUCUGAGAUUGAAGAGGAUGAUGCUGAAGCUGUGGAAAAAGUUGAAGACUUGAAUGUACAAUGUAUGUCAGUGACACCACCGGACUCCGACAUGAUUUCCAAAAUGGAGACUGAUGAUAGCAGAGGCAUAGGAGUGGAUUGCCUUUCUCAAGGAACGAAUCGAGAUGGUGAAAAGUCAAAGAACCGAGCCUUUCGCAGAAAUGGUGGUCAAGAUAGUGACAAAAGCCUGGACACAAGUCCUAAGAACAAGUUGGUCCCAAACCAACAAUUUCGUCCGAAGUUACGAAAAAUCCCGGGGUCAUUCAGUUAUCGAAGGUUGCUUCCGUUUUUGAUAGACUUAACAAAUGAUAACUCCUGUGCUUCUGGAAAUGAUCAGUCAUUGAAGGUUGACAAGAGUUUAAAGGAAAAACCUAUUUCGCUAGUCUUUACUUCUGGCAAAACUCGCGCUGUAGAGCAGUAUACCGGUGAUGGUAUUCGGGUGCCUUUGACUGAAGCAACUGCCGUAGGAUGUUCAUCUAACGAUAAACCCACACGAACUCCACCUAAACAACUUGCUGGUUCCUUGCUGAUACCUGAUUCACAACAGGAACAUGCAUCAGUUAUUAAACAUGCUGCAUUGGAUGCAAACCGAAAGUUGGAAACUAGCCCCAAUCAUGUGGUUGAGCCAUCAGCCAUUUCAUCUAGUCCUCUCAUCAAUUCUGGACUUCUCCAAAGAGAAGAAGCUUCUAAGUCAGUGUCUUGUCGGCUAACCUUUGAAACCGAAGGGGAUACCACAGAGUCUACUGCAAAAUGUGCAAAUGAUGUAAAGGUAAUCGAAGCUGAUAGCUCGGGAGAAGCAUCUAUUCCUAUAGGACUUCCUAUUGUCGGUCUCAAAAAGGGGAUCCUUAAAAGAAAUCCUCCUGGAUGCAGAGGUGUUUGUUCUUGUCUGAACUGCACUUCUUUCCGGCUUCACGCGGAGAGAGCAUUCGAAUUCUCAAGAAACCAGAUGCAAGAUGCUGAAGAAGUGGCCUUGGAUUUGAUUAAAGAGUUAUCGUUCCUACGGAAUGUCUUGGAGAAAUCCGCUUCCGGUGCUAAUGAUCAGUCUAGUAUAUCCAUCAAUGAGGUUACAUAUGCUUGCAAGAAAGCCUCUGAAGCUGAAGAACAUGCCAAAGCUCGUCUCGGCGAAAUGAACUAUGAUCUAUACAUUCAUUGCAGAAUCCCAUGUGGGCGGCGACCGAGCGUGAGAUUCGCCAAUUACGUCGAAGAACAGAUCAUUCCGAUAGCCGAUUCAUCAAAUAAAUAGUUUUCCAUGUACUGCAAUGGUAGAUGCAGUGCUUUCUCUGUGAUUGUUGUAUCUUAAUUACCUAUGUUACUCGGAUUCGGGUGUGAGUACGAGUCUCUGUAUCGAAUAGCAAUUGUUCUUAAACUCGUAUAUCGAUGCAUACAUUUUUGUCUAUA